CAAAAAAAAAAAACAGAAGUAACCAAGAGAGUUUCUUCCCUAAUUCUUUGAAUUAGGAAGAGGUGGGGAGUAAAGAAAGUAAGAGGAAAGAAGGAGGUAGUUACGUGGGAGGAGUGUGUGUGUGUGUGCGUGUCAAUAGGUUUGAUUUAUGAGAGAGGGUUGGGAGGGAAGUGAGAAGAAGUGUGUGUGAGAAUGGACGAUAAGCAUAGUCACCUUCUUGCCUUCGCACUCACCGUCUCUUGCUUCUUCUCCAUCGCUUUGCCACACUCCCAUUCUCAACCAUCGCCUUGUGCUGAGCAGUCAUACCGGUGCAACAUAAGCGUGUCCGCCAUCUUCGAUCCUCCCUGGGAACAGAUUCCAGCCUCUCAAUGUAACGGCGCCGACACAUCAUCCCUGCUCAGCUGCCAUGUUUUUUAUGAUAAUGUUCCAAUUGAAUCUCAAAAUUUCACAGUGAAGGAUAUCAACAACACCGCUCACACCAUGAAAGUCAUGCUAACACCCCCUGUAACCGAUGUCUGUUCUCCUCACUUUUUGAACUUCGAUUACCAGACCUUCAACAACGCUCUGCUCCAGUAUAACGCGUCAGUGCAUGACAUCACCAUAUUUGUUAAUUGUCAUGGAAUCUCAAAUUUCCCUUCAAAGCGCAACUUUACGUGCGAUGAUUUUCUGUAUUAUUUUGAGGAGGGGACGGAAGAGGAGAUGCUCAACAGGUACCCACAGCUUGAGGUUUGCAAGGGACGUUUGUUCGUGGCUGCUGCCGCUCCUCUGGAUCGUUAUGAUGAUAGUGAUGACGGAGCUAGAGUUCUGGAACAAGCUCUCAAUCAUGCGUUUCAGGUCAACUAUGGUAUUAUUCCUGAUGGUUGCACAAGAUGCAGCCAAAGUGAGGGAACUUGCUGGGCAUAUGAUCAUGAUGAACAUGUAGUUUCAUGCAAGUAUUGCCCAAAUGAAUACUGUUCUCCCAAAAGAAGAAAUUGGGAUCAAAAGAGGAAACUCAUUAUUUUAGGUGUUACAGGUUCAGCAUUUGCAGCAAUGUUGAUAUUAAUUUCAAUUUUGUGUGUAAGAUACAAGUCACCAACCUGGCAAGCAAAAUUUGGCUUGACUUCAAAAAGUAAUCAAAAUAUUGAAACAUUCCUUAAAAGUCAUGGCCCUUUAGCUCUGGAAAGGUAUAAACUAUCAGAUGUCAAGAAAAUGACCAACAACUUCAAAGAGAAGUUGGGACAAGGUGGUUUCGGUGCGGUGUACAAAGGAAAGUUAUCCAAUGGUAGAAUUGUGGCUGUAAAGAUGCUGAGUGUAUCCAAAACAAAUGGUGAAGAAUUUAUGAAUGAGGUUGCUAGCAUUAGUAGAACUUCUCAUGUUAACGUCGUCUCUCUUCUUGGAUUCUGUUUGAGAGGUCGCAAGAGAGUUCUUGUAUAUGAAUUUAUGUCCAAUGGUUCCCUUGACAAAUUCAUUUACCAAACAAGAGAUGAAACACUUUCAGCCUUGAGUUGGGAUGUCAUAUAUAAAAUUGCAAGGGACAUAGCUCGAGGGUUAGAAUACUUGCAUAAGGGAUGCAACACUCGAAUUUUUCACUUUGACAUAAAACCACAUAACAUUCUUUUGGAUGAGAACUUCUGCGCAAAGAUAUCUGAUUUUGGGUUGGCAAAACUGUGUCCUAGGAAUGAAAGUAUUGUUUCCUUGUCUGAUGUUAGAGGAACAAUUGGGUAUGUAGCUCCGGAGAUGUGGAGUAGAAAUCUUGGAAGAGUUUCGCAUAAGUCUGAUGUUUAUAGUUAUGGAAUGGUGCUGCUAGAAAUGGUGGGAGGAAGGAAGAACAUCAAUGGUGAAGCAAGUAAUACAAGUGAGAUAUACUUCCCACACUGGGCUUACAAUAAGCUUGAGAUGGACAAUGAUUUGAGACCAGAUAUGGAGAUGUCAACAGAAGAAAAUGAGAUUGCAAAGAGGUUGGCAAUGGUGGGUUUAUGGUGCACUCAAAGGUUUCCUAAUGAUAGACCUACAAUGAGCAGAGUGAUUGAUAUGUUGGAAGGCAACAUGGAUUCGAUUCAAAUCCCACCCAAACCUGUGCUUUCUUCUCCUACUAGAUCGCUGCCACAAUAUUCUAUUUCCUGAAAUUAAGUACACUAUAAUUGCUAUAUUUUCCAACUUAUACUUUAAAAUGAAUCACUUUGUAUAUUUGUUGGCUCUUUUCCAUCAUCUAGAAAAACAAGCAGAAUCUCAUGUGACUGUUACAACAGGGUGUGAAAACUAGCCACCGAUUGAUUGAAUAAACUCUUCCGUGUGUAUCAUUUACCUUUCAUGAUGUGUCAUAUUAUUGAAAUUGAAACAGUCAUUGUUGACAUA